AUGCAGCCCGGCGAUAACCGAUAUCUUUAUUUCGACGAUGCUUGCGAGUGUGGAUAUGAGGAGAAUGAAACCGACGGCCGUGUAGAAGAAAAAAACAGUGAAGUAGAUCUUCUCAAACACGAUGAAUAUUGUAACUAUAGACAGGGAUAUUGGAGUGACAUUCUAUCCGAACUUGACAUCGCGGGCGUGUACGACCUCUGCGAUGGAUUCAUACUUCCAGUUUCGGAUGACGACAGUCUUUGGCCGAAUCAAGAUGGGUUUUUGGUGCAUGAUGCAUGCUGGAAGAUGCUGCUCCUGGUACAUGAAACCACAAGGCCUACUCAGGCACUGCUCAGUCCGAGUCGUGUCUACCAGGCCAUGCAAUCUAAACUUCUUGAAGAGAACGAUACUUAUAUCUACUGGGAUGAUGCACGGUUAUAUGGGGGAACAGAACAGUUCGCAGAGCAGGAGUGGGUGCCUGUUCCAGGUUACGAGGUGCGCAUCCCCUAUAGUCCACCCACCUUUGCUGACCACCUCACCAGUGGCUAG